AAUCUCCUGCGAAAAGCCCACUUGUUUUUUUCUGGAUAAAGCAAAUCUCAAGUUUAUCUUUUUCAGUCUGUUCUUUAAUUUUCUGGAAAAUUCAUCAUGAUAUUAUUGCUAAUUAUAGCUUCAAUUCAAUUUUCAUGACGCCUUUGCUCUAUUUUUUGCUCGGUUUAACGGAAUUCCGGUGGCAAAAGCAAUUUUAGUAAGUGCUUUUUUGAUGAAGCUUUGAAGGUGCGGUUUAAUAGUAUUGAGGAAAUUUUGGUUAAAGGUAUGAGAGGGUUUGUAUAUGAAGAAUUUGUGGUUUUGAAGAAGAAGAAAUGCGGACUUUGUUUUAGCUGACAAGGAUUUAUGAAAGGUUAUGUUGUGUGACAUCUUCCUUAUCAUCAGUACUUUUAGAUCUGGAUGACAGGGAGUGUUUCAAUGAAAAUCGUUGGUGAUGAAGACAAAAAAAGGUUGGAUGAGGACAAAGUUACUGGAGAUGGAAUUGGAAUUUCUCGUGAGGGGAUAAAUGUAGUUAAGGAUAAUGAGUUGAAAAUUAAUAUGAUUAGUAAUGACAGGAUAGGAGGGAGGGAGAUUACAUUGCAAGCUCAACGAGGUUUGAAAUUGCAAGAACAACAAUAUUGUCAGGUUUCAGCAGUCUGUUGGCAACAAUUUCUUCAUGUCACCUCCAUUAAAGUGCUGCUGGUGGAGAAUGAUGAUUCUACACGACAUGUCGUCUCUGCUUUACUUCGAAAUUGCAAUUAUGAAGUUAUAGAAGCAGCCAAUGGAUUGCAAGCUUGGAAGAUACUGGAAAACCUGACCACUCACAUUGAUCUAGUGUUGACAGAGGUUGUAAUGCCUUGCUUGUCAGGCUUAGGUCUCCUUACCAAAAUCAUGAGCCACUACACACGCAAGACUGUUCCUGUUAUCAUGAUGUCAUCUCAUGAUUCAAUGGAUAUAGUCUUCAAGUGUUUGUCAAAAGGUGCACUCGACUUCCUGGUAAAACCUAUACGGAAGAAUGAGCUUAAGAACUUGUGGCAGCACGUGUGGAGAAGAUGCCAUAGUUCUAGUGGAAGCGGGAGCGAAAGCGGUGCUCAAACCCAAAAAUCUAUAAAAUCAAAAAGCAGUGAGAAGUCUGAAAACAACAGUGGUAGCAAUGACGGGGAAGAUAAUGGGCGGUACGGCCUAAAUGUUGGUAAAGGCAGUGAGGAUGGAAAUGGCACACAGAAUUCCUGGACAAAGCAAGCUGUUGAAGCUGUUAGCUCUCAGGCAGUGUCUCCAUUGCAUCAGGUACCUGAGUGUCCAGACAGCACUUGUGCACAGGCUAUGAGUUCAAAGGCAGAAACCGCUGCUAACAAGAAUGCACAGAGAAAUGCCAAAAGGAAAUGCCAAGAAGAAGAAGAACAUCCUGAUUACAUUGCAAAAAAACCCUCCCUCAAGGGCAUACCUAGAAAUCAGAAGUUACAACCUGAAAAUGCAAUUCAGGUUCCAGUCAAACUUGUUGAUGCAGAACAUAAAACCCCGCUGGCAAUAAAUUCCAACCCAUGCAGUUUGAAGAUGGAUGAACACCAGGCAAAUCUAGAUGGUAAUGUUCCAUCCACAGAAUAUCAUGAUGUGACUGCUGAGACAGCUCAUCCUCAGACCAUCAGUAGAAGGUUGAACAAAGCUGUGCAGGUAUUAGAAAUCAAUAAUUCAUCCAUUGGUGAAUCUAAAGAGCCAAGUUUGAAAACACUAAAAGAACCCGAAAAAAGUGCUCAAGAUGAUCGUAGUGUUUUGAGAAGAUCAGAUCUUUCAGCUUUCUCAAGGUAUAAUUCAUCCUCAAACCUUACAAGGACUCCUAAUGGGAUUACGCUUGACAGUUCUAUAAUUAAUAAUGGCCAAGAAGUUGCCAAGAAAGAAUCAGUAUGUGAUAUUCCAACUGAUACAGAUGAGAAAUUUCUACAUCCGAGCUCAAGUGGAACUGGCAAUAUUAUAGAUAAGGGGUCCACCACUAAUAAGCUUUCUGAGGAACCAUUACUUUCUAGAGACAAGGCAGAAGCAACAUCAACAAUUAAGGGUUUGCACUCAUCAUCAGCUUUCAAGCCUGAGAAAAUUGACUUCAGAAUCUCCCGUCAGCAAGUGCCACAAGUUAAGCUUAAGCCUUGUAACAUGCAAGCUACAGACAGUCUUGUUCUGCGAGGCUCUCACACUGACAUCCAGCACCCUCAUCAGCACCACCACCAUUAUCACUUCCAUGACCUAGAUCAAGAUUACUCUUCCACCCAUGUAGAUUUCUCAUUGAAGAAACUGACUGCGGGUGGCCCAAGUUGUGCUUCAUUCAACAUUCUAGCUAGGCCUUGUGAAGGGAACCCUGAGUAUCACAGUUUGAACAGAAGUGCUUCGGGAAGUAACCGUGGAAGCAAUGUGCAGGAUGGAAGCUGCACAGCUAUAAAUGCUGGAGGAACAAAUGGGGGAAGUGAUAAUGGGUUAGCUGGCAAAAAUGAAAGUGGUGAUGCCAGCGGCAUUGGUUGUGGAAACACGACAGAUCCUUCUAAACUUGCCAGAGAAGCAGCCUUGACCAAAUUUUGUCAGAAGAAGAAAGAUAGAUGCUGCCUUAAGUAAAAGGCAAAUGGACUUUAAUCAGGCAGGCAAUACUUGAACUGUCACUUCUGAACCUCUUGAGCAAAUUUUAAGAGAACUGAUUUAUCUGCUUCCAAGUCAACUGAUCCUAACUAGUUGAAGCCGGUCUACUACCUCUCUGCAUCAUACAGUUGAUCGUGGGGAAACACACAUAUUUCUAGUUUCAGUAAUUUUCCUUUUGUAUCUUGCAUGCAGUCAUUCAGAAAGAGAUAAGAGUGCCUUCUAC